UCACAUUUUGUUCAAAUUUUAUUAAAAUUCGCUCUUAGUGCAGGAAUAUCGAAGUGUAAUGGAUUUGACGUGUUUUAAAAAUUAAAUUUGGAUAAUAUGUAUCAGAUUAAGAGAUGAGUAUUCUUAGGAAGCUUAUUUAAUAAAAAUAAAAUAUAGUCAUUGAAAAUAUAUUUAAAAAUUUUAAUUAAAAUGGAAAUUGGGAGUGCUUCUGUUUCCAAUGAAUCUAAGGAUGCCUUUAGUUAUAUAAAUGAACGUCCAGUAGACGACAUAUCUUUAGAAUUUUUUUAUAAACCGCAUACCAUAACCUUAUUAGCAGUGUCAAUUGCUGCAGUCAUAUAUACAGCGUUUGUCAGGGACGAAACAAGGAUUCAAGAUAACAUUUGGUCAGGAAUAUGUUGUGUGAUUUUCUUUUUUUUAAUAGUGUCCGUACUUACAUUUCCCAAUGGACCAUUCACUAGACCUCAUCCAGCAGUAUGGAGAAUUGUAUUUGGCAUGUCAGUACUAUACUUACUUGCCCUGCUGUUUUUAUUAUUUCAAAGCUAUUCUACUGUAUAUGAAAUAAUGUAUUGGAUUGAUCCCAACUUACGAAAUUUUCAUAUUGACAUGGACAAGGAAUAUGCUGUUAACUGCUCUGACUUAACUUUAUCCCGUAUGUGGUCUCAUGUUGAUGUAUUUGCUUGGGGUCAUUUUUUGGGAUGGACCUUUAAAGCUAUACUUUUUAGACAUACGGGAUUAUUAUGGGCUAUAUCCAUUAUGUGGGAAAUAACAGAAAUAGCAUUUGCACAUCUACUUCCAAAUUUCUUAGAAUGUUGGUGGGAUUCUGUUAUACUGGAUGUUUUGAUUUGUAAUGGCUUUGGCAUAUGGUGUGGUCUAAAAAUUUGUAAGGCAUUAGAAAUGAGAGAAUAUAAGUGGGUCAGUAUAAGGGAUAUAUCAUCUACAACAGGCAAGAUAAAAAGAGCCAUCCUUCAAUUCACACCAGUUUAUUGGACUCCUGUAAGAUGGUUGGAUCCAACAUGCACAUAUAUGAGAUUCUUUGCACUCAGUCAGCUGGUUGUGUUUUGGCAGAUUUCAGAAUUAAACACUUUCUUUUUAAAACACAUAUUUGAAAUGCCGCCAUCACAUCCAUUGGUUAUAGCAAGACUAUGUUUGAUUGGAGUGAUUGUGGCCCCAUCGGUAAGGCAGUAUUAUACUUACGUUACGGAUCCGAGAUGCAAACGAGUUGGAACGCAGUGCUGGGUAUACGGAGCUAUAAUGGUCACUGAAUCAAUGUUGUGUAUAAAGAAUGGAAAGGAACUGUUUGGUCAAGCACAAAUGUGGAAUGUGUUCAUAUGGCUCAUCAUACAAAUUCUAGUCUCAAUUGGUUGCGUGUAUGGAGUUGUGCUUUAUCAUCAAUAUUUUGAGCCAAACAGGGAAGCUACGGUAGAUAGUCCUAAAAAAGAAGAGUAGAAGCUCGACGAGUCAUACAGAUGAUCAUCUGAAGACAAGCAUAAUUAGCUCAUACAGAAUGACAUUUUACUAAAGCUAUUUAUUUUUAUUAAAUUAUUAAGCAACACCAAAUACUAUUUGAUAGCUUGAAACUAGUUACCUCGUGCGUUUUAUGUGGACUUUGUAGGUUAAAUAAGAAAAAGUGAUGUAUUGCUCAUUCAUGCUGUGUUGUUCGUUAAUAUUUGAGUAUAUAGAAACUUAGUUAAUUGAAUCUUCCACAUGAUAUUAAAAUAAUUAGCGAGUGUUAUGUAGAUAUUUUUAUCGGAAGUAGAAUAUUUUCCCUGGCUUCGGUUGUGUGUGUGAAUUAUAUUAAAAGUUACUGUUACUGUUAAGUAAUAGAAUAAAAAAAGGUUUUCUGUGAAACGUUCAAUAUUUUAAUUUUGAUAAUAAAAUUAUCAAUAACGUAUUUAUCAUAUUAAAUAUAUGAUUAAAAUAUAUAUAGUUCGCAAGCAGAAAUGAGAGCUUUGUCUUUUGUGAUCUAUCCGAUGGCAUGGUUCUAAAACAUUUUAGUUUCCCUUUAUAAUCACUUGAUCAGCGUCUGCCACCUCAGUCGCAUUAUGCAGCGCUUCUUUAGAAUUGUAAACUAAAAUAAAAAGGGCAAUAACCACCCAAAAGCAGAUGCGAUUCAAUUAUUUUGUUUGUUAUUGUACAUACAUGACCCUACUUCUGUCAUAAUAAUUUAGGGCGCCUUGUUUUAUUAUAAAAAAUUAAGUCGACGUUACCUUAAUUACCUGGCCACGUCGACCAGCUCCCUCUAAUUUAAUCUAUUUACAUACUACAAGAAGAGGUAAGUAAUGAGAACCAAGAUGCCCCAGUAGAUCUUAAACAAAGAUCGUUCGUACCCGAUGAACACAAGAAACAUUGUGAAAAGCUCAAUGAAAUAUUAAUAUGGUUUUUACGAGAAGUUUAUCAGUGUAUUAAAAAGACACUAAAAUUUUCUUUGAGAUAAACACGUUACUUGGUGGCAACUCGUAGCCGAAUACGUCCCACCCAAACAUCAUAUAUACUAUGGCCAAACAUUAAAACUCAGUUUUGUUGCGUUCCGGUUUAAAAGGUCAUUUAGUCAGUGUAACUACAUGAACAAGGGACAUCACAUCUAAGUUCCUAAGCUUGCAGGCGCAUUUUUGAUAUGAGGAAUGAUUAAUAUUGCUUACAGUACAAAUUACUCUCACAGUCGGUGGGGCAUAUACAUAUGUCUAUGGGCCGUGGCGACAGGUUACGAUCGGCCCAUAUUGUCAAGUCCUAACCUGACAUAAUAUGAUAUGAUGAUAUGACAUAAAAAAAGUAGUUACAUACAUUCCUUGAGUAAGACUGAGUAGACGGAAACUCUUCAUUGGAAGUCCAUUCCUAUUUUUUUAUAUUUUUUACGAGCAGGAGAAAAUGAUUACAAUAGAAACUAAACAGUGUAUGUAUGCCUACUUAUUGUACUUAAAUUAUUAUAUCAUUUGAGUAUUGGUUAUAUUUAAAUACUAACAAAAACAAAAUUGAGCGUUUGCGAUCUUUGAAAGGAUAAGGUUAUAAGGUGUUUUCCACAUGAAAGCCGAAAACGACAGGGAAAAUUUUAAUUUUGUUGUGAUUAGAAUGUUUGCUAUUAAUGUAUGAUUAGACUAGAUAAAGUUCUUCAAUUA